AUGACUUGGUCUUUGACACAAGUAAUACGUGGAGCCCAACUUGCUUGGUUAGGUUCCGUAUUGGCUUUUCAAAACCAAAAUUUAUACAAACACGGUUUUAUGAAAAUAUAUUUGUUCCUGGCUGUUGUCAGCAUUACACUCUAUUUUGUUACCUCGACUUUCUUAGCGAUUCCUUUAAAACUAUUACAUUUUUUAAUUUAUCUUUUUUCCUUUGUUUUUAAAUACGAUCACUCUAAGUUCACUGAGAAUUACUUAUGGGUUACAAAUUAUGUGUUGAAUUUACCUUUCUUAGGACUUUUACUUAUGCGUUACUUGUAUCCACAAUCAUUGGACUCAGUGUUUAUGGAAUCUUUACAUUAUGUUGACAUUAUUUAUAUUCAAAAACAUACAAAUGAACAAGACCUUAGGCCACCGUAUACUCCUGCUUUAGAACGCUACGAGUAUAAUAUAAAUUAUUGGGAUGAAUUAAGACAAUAUUUAAUACGUACUGGAAAUCAAAUCGCUUGGGUGAUGAUGUUGUAUUUCCUUUCAUUAAUACCAAUGAUUGGUGCGUUGGUUUAUCCGAUCGCGAGUGCUUACGCUUUAGUAAAUUCAUUAGGCUAUACACCAGCCUUUAUUGUGGGUAUUUUAAUGUAUGUAACACCAGGUACAAAGCCAUUUGCUAUGAUAUUUUUGGAAAUUUUGUAUUCAUCAAGAGCUUUGAUGAGAGAAUUAUUAGAACCUUAUUUUGGAAGAAUUAAAUUUGAUAAAGAAAUUAAAAAAAAAUGGUUUAAGGAAAGAGAAGGAAUAUUAUUUGGUUUCUCUAUUGGAUAUUAUUCUUUAAUAAGACUACCAUUGGUUGGAAUGUUGUUUUACGGUAUUGCUCAGGCUGCUGCUACUUUAUUGCUUGUUAAGAUCUGUUGUGGAUUACACAAGCUAUUUGCUGUAGUGUUUACCAUGCUACCAACCGGUUUACGCGGUCAGGAUUUAAGCAUUGAAUCGUCGAAUGGAAAUUUUAAAUGGAAUAUAACAAACAAAUUUUCUCCUUUUAAAUUACAAUCUACGUAA